AUGACUGAAAUGGAAACGACGGAAACGAUGGAAAGGACGGAAGCGACGGAAGUGACGGGAACGGCGGAGGCUCCAAAAACUUUAAGCUCUUCACAGUCCAUAAAGGUUCAUUCUUCCAAGGAGUUGGGCGACGAUUCCGAGGCCACUGAAUCCUCCGAAGAGUCACCUGACUCUACCAUAUCUGUUGGGUCUGCCGAAUCAAAUCCAAAUAUAAUCCCAGAUAGAGUGUUUGUGGGAAACUUACCUUACGAGGUGACUGAGGAAGAAGUUCGUGGGUUGACUCCUGAUUUAAAAAUCGUCUCUGUAGAGAUUCCAAAGAAGCAAUUCUUCAACAAGUCUAUGAGUCAACCUAUCAUACAGUCUAAAGGCUAUGGUUUCAUCACCUUUACAAGUGCUGAUGAUGCUACCAAGGCUCUCAAAUCUAUUGCCGGAAAGAAGAUAGGCGAGCGUGAGAUAUAUGCUAAAGCUGCCGUUCCUCAGUCUGCUAACAGACAGCGUUAUGGCUAUUACAAUAAUGGUUACAACGGCUACAACAAUUAUAAUUACAACUACAAUUACAAUUACGGUGGCUAUGGCAAUGGUGGUGGCCAAAUCCAGCCUGAUUUUGAUGCGGGUCUUGACGUUACCAAAAGUGUCAACGGUAACAGCAAUGUAAAUGGCAACUAUCGCUACUACAAUCGUAUGUACUAUCCCCGGGGUGGAUACUAUUAUGCGCCAGCGGCUGCUGCUGCGGCCGCCGCUGUGGCUGGUUACUAUCGACCCCAAUAUAUGCGCAGAGGAGGCGAGUACCCAAACUCUGGCUACCCUACCAAUCCGAUGGUGGGAGAAUCCAACGAUGGAGAAGGUCAAGGUGUUUUAUCCUCUACCGAGGCCGAUAAUCAUAUGAAUGGUACAAUUCCAACUCUGGAUGCACCAUUGAUAAUGGAUACCGGUGCGAUCCCUUUAACUCGAGGUUACAGACAACCGUUCCAUCAUCCGCAGAAGACCAAGGAAGAGAAAUUGAAGAAGUUGGAAGAGGGAACUCCUUCCAGGACGACUGUGUUUGUCGGAAAUUUGGACCGAAACGUUACAGUUAACGACCUGAGAGAGUUUUUCAAGGAACUUGAACCUCAAUGGAUUCGUGUUCCUCGAAAGAUUCUUCCAAAAUUCCUUUAUCAGAAAUUUAAGGCUCAGAAUAUCCCAAUUCAGAAUAAGGGUAUUGCAUUCAUUCGGUUUGCAAACGAAGAUAAUCAGAAAGCUGCUAUCGAGAGGUUCAAUGGUAAUGAAUUUAGAGGCAAACCUUUGAAUGUUACAGUGGCCAUUGAUUCUGCUCCGGAGAAGGACAGGGAGGCGAAGGAGGUGCUCGGUGAGGAACCUGAAGCGGAACCUACAGCGCUGCCUGAAGAGCCUCCUGAAGAGGAACCUAAAGAGGAGCCCAAUGAGGCAUCUGAAGAGGAACCUAAAAAGGAACCUAAAGAGGAACUUAAAGAGGAACCGAAAGAGCCUCCUGAAGAGAAACCUAAAGAGGAAUCUAAAAAUGAGGUCGAGAAGGAGGUCGAGAAGGAGGUCGAGAAGGAGGCCGAGAAAAAGGUCGAACACCUCAAUGGAUCGAUUGAUGCUGGGCUAUCUGACUAA